AUGAAUCCAGUCGCCCAGUAUCUCAUCAACCACAACUCCAAGAGCGAGAACUACGAUGUCAGCACAACAAACAAAACACACCUUUACCAUAUCGACAACUCCUCCUUCACAAUAGGAAAACCAGACCUAACUUUCCACCACAGCCCUGACUCCAACGGGCCCAUUGUGGGGAUGUGUAAGUUCCGACACUUCUCCUCGGACUGUGAGAUUGGUCUAAGGAACCCGGAACGGCCGAAAGAAAUGACUUGGGAGUACCUACACAAAGAAGGCUUUCUCUUUAUGAAGCGCGCAUAUUGGUUCCGUAUGGAGCUAGACGAUGGCAAAAAGCAAACUUUCACCUGGAAACAAACCCGCUCGCAUGGUAGUGGAUCCGAAAACCAUAAACUAGUUGAGGGGACCAGUCAGACCGUCGUCGCGGUGAUUUCUUCUGAUGGCAUGUUUUCAAAAAAGAUUGACUACGGCUACUUGGAUAUCUACUCGAAUCUAGGGCCCCGGUUCUACCUUACGGCUCUUAUCUCAGGAAUUGCUGUAGUUGAGAGGAUCAGACGUGCGAAACCCAGCGCGGCGGGAGGGGGUGCUGGGGGCUCUUCAGGUGCGGGUGGAGGAAUUUGUUAG